GGGGGCUACAGAGCAGAGGGCCUGGGGGACCCAGCCUGGAGGCCUGAAAGUGUUUGCACAGGGGCCUGAGACCAGAGUCUGAGAACAAGGCGUGCUGGUGUUGGGGAUGGAUGGAGAUGUGUGGGAACCGCGGGAAGAAGAGAGAGGGGGAAUCUCUGGAGGAGAGGGGAGACGAAGGCCACAGAGGACGCGGGCAGGAGGCGGCAGGCCGAGUGGGAGAGGGUCCCCCGUCUCCCCGCCGCCCAGGAUGGAGGCCAACCCAGCGGGCAGCGGUGCCGGGGGCGGCGGGAGCGGCGGCCUGGGGGGCGAGGACGGGGUCCAUUUCCAAAGCUACCCCUUCGACUUCCUGGAGUUCCUCAACCACCAGCGCUUCGAGCCCAUGGAGCUGUACGGGGAGCACGCCAAGGCAGUAGCCGCGCUGCCCUGUGCGCCGGGGCCCCCGCCACAGCCGCCGCCGCAGCCACCGCCGCCGCAGUACGACUACCCACCCCAGGCCAGCUUCAAGCCCAAGGCCGAGGCCCCCUCCUCGUCGUCCUCCUCGUCCUCGUCCUCCUCCUCGUCCUCGUCGUCGUCCUCCCAGGCCAAGAAGCCCGACCCGCCGCUGCCCCCUGCCUUUGGGGCGCCGCCGCCCCCGAUCUUCGACGCGGCCUUCCCUGCCCCGCAGUGGGGCAUCGUGGACCUCUCGGGCCACCAGCACCUGUUUGGGAACCUGAAGCGUGGGGGGCCGGCCUCCGGGCCGGGGGCCGCGCCGGGGCUGGCCGCGCCCCCGGGGACCCCCGGGCCACUCCCCGCUGCCUCGCAGGCGCCGCCAGGUCCGGCGGCGGGAGCAGCAGCCUGCGACGCAGCCAAGGACGACAAAGGCUACUUCCGGCGGCUCAAGUACCUGAUGGAGCGGCGCUUCCCGUGCGGCGUGUGCCAGAAGUCCUUCAAGCAGUCCUCGCACCUGGUGCAGCACAUGCUGGUGCACUCGGGCGAGCGACCCUACGAGUGCGGCGUCUGCGGCCGCACCUACAACCACGUGUCCAGCCUGAUCCGCCACCGCCGCUGCCACAAGGACGUGCCGCCGGCCGCGGGCGCCCCGGCGCCGCCUCCGCUCCCGCCGCUGGGCCUGCCCACGCCCGCCGCACCCUCCUCGGCGCCCCCCGGGCCCCCGGCCGCGCCCACCGACGGCAGCGCGGUCCCCGCGGGCACGGGCGUGGGGGUGGCCCCUCCGGCGGGGUCGGCGGCGGCGGCGGCGGCGGGGGGCAGCGAUGGGCCGUUCGCCUGCACGCUGUGCUGGAAGGUGUUCAAGAAGCCCAGCCACCUGCACCAGCACCAGAUCAUCCACACGGGCGAGAAGCCCUUCUCGUGCUCCGUGUGCAGCAAGAGCUUCAACCGCCGCGAGAGCCUCAAGCGCCACGUGAAGACGCACUCGGCCGACCUGCUGCGCCUGCCGUGCGGCGUGUGCGGCAAGGCCUUCCGCGACGCCGCCUACUUGCUCAAGCACCAGGCGGCGCACGCGGGCGCGCCCGGGCCGCGGCCCGCCUACCCCUGCGAGCUGUGCGGCAAGUCCUACUCGGCGCCGCAGAGCCUGCUGCGCCACAAGGCGGCGCACGGCCCGCCCGCCGCCCCCGACGCGCCCAAGGACGCGGCGGGCCCCGGCGCGCCGCCCGCGCCCGCUUUCCCGCCGGGGCCCUACCUGCUGCCUCCCGACCCGCCCGCCUCCGACGGCGAGAAGGCGGCCGCGGCUGCGGCCGCGGCGGUGGUGUACGGCGCCGUGCCCGUCCCGCUGCUGGGCGCCCACCCGCUGCUGCUCGGCGGGGCCGGCCCCGGCGGGGCCGGGGGCUCGGGCGCCGUUGCGCCCGGCAAGACGUUCUGCUGCGGCAUUUGCGGGCGCGGCUUCGGGCGCCGCGAGACCCUGAAGCGGCACGAGCGGAUCCACACGGGCGAGAAGCCACACCAGUGCCCGGUGUGCGGGAAGCGCUUCCGCGAGUCCUUCCACCUGAGCAAGCACCACGUGGUGCACACCCGCGAGCGGCCCUACAAGUGCGAGCUCUGCGGCAAGGUCUUUGGCUACCCGCAGAGUCUCACGCGCCACCGCCAGGUGCACCGGCUCCAGCUGCCCUGCGUCCUGGCCGGGGCCGCCGGCCUCCCCGCCGCCCAGGGCGCGGCUGGGGCGGCCGGCCCGAGCGGCUCAGCCGCGUCUGGGGCCGCCGCGGACGGGCUCAGCUACGCCUGCUCGGACUGCGGCGAGCACUUCCCGGAUCUCUUCCACGUCAUGAGCCACAAGGAGGCGCACAUGGCCGAGAAGCCCUACGGCUGCGACGCCUGCGGCAAGACCUUUGGCUUCAUCGAGAACCUCAUGUGGCACAAGCUGGUGCACCAGGCGGCCCCUGAGCGCCUGCUGCCGCCCGGGCCCGGCGGCGCCCAGCCCCCGGAGGGCUCCGGCGGCACCGACGCGGCCACCGUGCUGGACAACGGGCUGGCUGGGGAGGUGGGGGCGGCCGUGGCGGCGCUGGCCGGGGUGUCCGGGAGCGAGGACGCGAGCGGGUCCGCGGCGGCCGGGGGCGGCGGGGGCGCCAGCGCGGGCCCCGAGCGCUUCAGCUGUGCCACCUGCGGCCAGAGCUUCAAGCACUUCUUGGGCCUGGUGACCCACAAGUAUGUGCACCUGGUGCGCCGGACCCUGGGCUGCGGCCUGUGCGGCCAGAGCUUCGCGGGCGCCUACGACCUGCUGCUGCACCGGCGCAGCCACCGGCAGAAGCGCGGCUUCCGCUGCCCGGUGUGCGGCAAGCGCUUCUGGGAGGCGGCCCUGCUCAUGCGCCACCAGCGCUGCCACACGGAGCAGCGGCCCUACCGCUGCGGCGUGUGCGGCCGCGGCUUCCUGCGCUCCUGGUACCUGCGGCAGCACCGCGUGGUGCACACGGGCGAGCGCGCCUUCAAGUGCGGCGUGUGCGCCAAGCGCUUCGCGCAGUCGUCCAGCCUGGCGGAGCACCGGCGGCUGCACGCCGUGGCACGGCCCCUGCGCUGCGGCGCCUGCGGCAAGACCUUCCGCUACCGCUCCAACCUGCUGGAGCACCAGCGGCUUCACCUUGGCGAGCGCGCCUAUCGCUGCGAGCACUGCGGCAAGGGCUUCUUCUACCUGAGCUCCGUGCUGCGCCAUCAGCGCGCGCACGAGCCGCCGCGGCCCGAGCUCCGCUGUCCCGCCUGCCUCAAGGCCUUCAAGGAUCCCGGCUACUUCCGGAAGCACCUGGCGGCCCACCAGGGCGGCCGGCCUUUCCGCUGCUCCUCCUGCGGCGAGGGGUUCGCCAACACAUACGGCCUCAAGAAACACCGCCUGGCGCACAAAGCUGAGGGCCUGGCGGGGCCCGGACCGGGGCCCGGCCCGUUGCCCGGGAAGGACGCCUGACCGGGGAGUGUGCCUCCCCAUCGCCACUCCCAUCACACGUCCCCUCCAGGACUCGCCCCUCGGGGGCGCAGACCUCCUCCUUCCGGCCCUCCCAUCCAUCAUCCUUCCGAAUUUAAGACAGACUAGUCUCCUCUCCCAAGGCCCAUGUCGUGCAGACCCUAGCCUGCCUCUCUCCACCUGGACCUCCCUGGCCCUCUCCUCCUCCUAUCGGACGCUGAACUCGACCCUCCGUCCAUCCCUGAUGUGUACGCCUCUCCAGCCCCCCUGCCCCAGCAGCCUUCAGCCCCGCAGUGAGCUGGGUCGUGCCGGGUCUGGACGGCCUCUCUCCCUUCCCCAGCAAGCUGGCCGGACAGCGGAGUGCGAGCGGUUC